UUGGAUAGGACAAACGGUGAUUAUUGUGAACACAUUCACCCAGCAGUGUUUGGAUGGGUCCCAUUUCAUACUUAUUCCGGAUAAGCGUAAAAAAAAUCUUGCAAAUAUAUCGUGUGAGUGACUCGAGGAGUUAGUUGACGCAGUCUGUGGUGGUUAAGACUUCAGGCCUUCUGCGUCAGCCUUGCUGCUGUUGUCUGAAAUAAUGAAGGAGCCCCAUGUUCACUGUGCUUCCUGUAUAAACAGGCGAUGCAUGAUUAAGCCUGUACCUGGCACUUCCUGUGACCUCAUCAACUGCCCACUUGUAUGCGGUGCAGUUUUCCACAGCUGCAAGGUUGACGAACACAAGCUGCUAUGCCCACUCGAGAGGGUACCAUGUCUUAACUACAGCAUAGGAUGCCCUUUUACUCUGGCCCGUGGCCAGAUGGCAGUGCACCUUGAAGUGUGCCCUGCAGGUGUGGUGUGUUGCACUAUGGAGUGGAAUAGGUGGCCAGUAAAUGACGAGGAUUAUCGUUCAUACGAGCGUCUGAGUCAGGAAGCAGAUGAGGUGGAGCAGCUCGACAUGGCGCUCGCCCUUCAGGACCAGCGCACCAUGUUAGCGUCACUCAAACUCGUCUCUUUGUCGCCCACUACUGGUCCAGAGAAAAAGACUCAUGCCGCAGGGAAGAGUGAAAAGCCUGCCACAGUUGUUCCGUCUCCAUGCGGGCAAGUAGAGACCGUUGAGAUUGAGUCAACGACAGGCUGCUCCAAAAACAAGAUUACAAAUGGGAUUAAUGGCCUACAUGAUGAACAUUACGGUGAGCUCUACCAAACCACAGUAGAGACGACUAAAACCCUUUCUGCGGCUCUCAACGUCCUGAUCCACCUUAAUUCCUCAGACACCGGCUGCACGACCAAUAACGAGCCGGCUUCGCUUUCGGAUCGCAAUGGGGAACUGAAUGAAAAGAUAACGGAAGAGAACAAAUGUAAAUGUGAUAAAAUAGCCAAUGGGGUCAGUGGCUUAACGGAGAUUCUACAGCCUUCACAGCACCAAACUCUGAUGGAGCUUGGCAGGAGCUUGGCCUCUGCCCUUGGCGCACUAGGAGAUGCUGUUAAAUCAACUGAUCCGGUUAGUGUUAAUGACAAUGGAAAGCUCAAGCAAUCAAAAACUGUGGAGUCUACAGAUGUUGAUAUGAAAGACUUAACAUGUGAGGAGCUUGGGGCUGUGGGGGGGUUUUAUGGUGAAGAAACAACCUCUAAUUUCAUUGUUGACCAGGACGCAGGUGAGUGUUUGCCAGUCAUGUUACAGGAUGUCAAUAAGCAAGGUUUCUAUAAUGGCUCUCUUAUAGACUGUAAAGAUGAGACAGUCCAUGACAUAAUGGAAACCACUUCAGAAGACAAUCAAUGUCCAGAGUCCCGAGGUUCUUGGGAAAUAUUAGGUCCUUUACUUCCCCAUAGACCAGAAAUAAGACAUGGCCAACACCCUUUCUUAAUCCAGGAGACCUCUGGGUCACAAGACAUAUUGAUGCAGCAGCCCGUACAUGCUCAGACUUUUACUGUCCAGAGAGACCGUGCACUGCCUGUGAUAGCAUUAGACUUUGAAGACAAGGCUUUUGAGAGGAAACUCCAAAACCUUCAGUUGCUCAGAAAUUUUAUGCCACUUGCACUUAAUGGACGGAAGGGGUCAUUUACUGACAGCUUCCUCCACAGACAUCAAAGAUGCAAAAUGGAGGACAAAGCUGUGGACACAUCCGAUUUAGAUCAGGAUCCUCAGGAUGACCCAAUGGGCCUUGGCGAUAUCGACUUUACCUCUGCGGCUCUGCUUUUCUGCCUGGAGGAGUCGCCACGAGCUCGGAGAAUAUCAGACACAGUCUAUGCUUUCGGUGGGACGCGCAUUGACUUUGGCACCCAAACCUUUAGUUUCCCCGCUGCCAUCUUGGCAACAAGCACAAUGGUUGGAGAAGUGGCAUCAGCCUCUGCUUGCGACCGAGCUGCGCCCCGCCUUUCGCAACCAAGUCCAUUUUGCACCCUGCGGCUUGAUUUAACGCUGGAGCAGCUUGUGCCGCGACCAAGCUGGGCUCCACGCGAGGGCUCCAUGUUUACCUUCGAGUGUGGUCAGCUUUUCCGUCGAGAGGAGUUCCUUUCUCACUUCCGUAACGUUCAUGGAGACAUCCACUCCGGGCUUAAUGGCUGGAUGGAGCACCGCUGCCCAUUAGCAUAUUAUGGCUGUACGUACUCCCAACGUAGAUUCUGCCCGUCGAGUCAAGGUUCAAAAGUUGUUCAUGACCGCCACCUAAGGUCGUUUGGGGUGCAGCCUCCAUCGCAGACUGUCAUAGAACCAAAGUGUGAUCACCUGAGCGGGUUGCCGUUUGAGGUUCUUCAACAUGUGGCACGGUUUCUGGAUGGCUUUAGCCUGUGUCAGUUAUCCAUGGUGUCACGCACAAUGAGGGAUGUGUGUGCCAGUUUGCUGCAAACACGUGGAAUAGUUGUGGUACAGUGGGAGAAGCAGCAGUAUUCAGACGGAAGACGUUCCUGGCAGAUCAAAGAUAAGGUUUGGCGUUUUAGCACAGCCUUUAGUCCAGUUAACAGGUGGGAGUUUGCGGACAUCUCGAGCAUGGCAGACCACUUGAAACAAUGUCCAUACAAUGAAGUUCUCCGACAAGUCGAAGCGGUUCCACUUCCCUGCAUGUGCACAACCAGGGAGUUAACGCGAGACGGGAGAUCACUUCGAUCUGUUCUCAAACCAGUUUCAUAACACAACGGGAACGUUCAAGAUGUAACUAAAAACUACAUUAUCUAACCUCUUUAAUCUACCAUAUACUAUCACUGUGUAAAUAAAAAGGAAACUAAAUAUUUUUUUUGUUUUGAUUGUAAAAUUAUUUUUUUAUUAAUAUAUCAAAUAUCAGUUUGAUUUGAAGGUGUGUUAUCUGACAUUUCAUCCUCUAAAAAUGUUCUGCUACACUGACACAUGCACAUACUUUAAUAUGCAGAAAGAGGACCGGUUUUAAGGGACAGUAGACAUCGGUGAAAAAAGGCUUAAUUUGGUGCAAUUAAAUGAGACUUUUUGCCGAAAAGCACUUGAUUUAUUUGUCCUGACACACAGCAAGAUAAUCAUCGAAUGACUGCUUAUUCCUGACAUUACACACCCACACUAUUAUAUUUGCAUGGCUUGGUAAAGGUACCCUGAUUGAAUAAAAAAGACAUCUUGGUCUAUCUAAGAGCUAAAUAGUCUCUGGAUCAGUUCCGCUGUAGUUUGUGGCGAUUGACACUGAAGACAGGUUCUGUUCAGCCUGAUUCUGAAAAAGCUGUCAUGCCUAGAAUCCAGUGGGACUUGAAUGUUAUCAUUUUUUGCUCCCUGCUCUUGGAUUGCGACUCCGAGAGAUGUAUGUUGUCCUGUUCUUUCACACAUUGUUUUUCUUAUUUACAACUAUUUACAACAUAUUUUACAUAGAAACAUAAUCUGUUUUGUCAGCUCUAAUUCUAAAAGCAUCCAAAAAUGACAGGAAUGGUCUUCAGUAAAAUAAUUAGUAUUUGGCACAAAUAAAAACAAUGGCUUUCGUGAACAAAAGAACAGUCCAUUGAAAAGGCUCAAUGACAAAAUAUAUCUUCAAAAAGUCUAGUGGAAAAAAUGAAGACAAAAUUUUUUGAGUCGAAACAUUAUGGCAUAGAUGGGUUUAACAGUAUCGUUUUUAUUUCUGUCACUUUGGACACUGUAUUGAAGUAUAUACACGUUUGGUUCACUUAUUACUGUAACAGUCAAUAUCAGCAUGCCAGGUUAGCAUGCCAACCAUAUCACAACAUUUACAGUCAAAUAUUUGCACUUAACUGAAAUUUUGCCUUUGUCUGCACUCUGGCCCACCGUGUCUUAAUAUCUCCUUAGUAAAGAGACACUCUGCUAUUGUGCUUCCCAUGGAGAGUAAGAGGGUCAGAGGAAGCUUGGGUAACAUAACAACUGAGGAGCACUAGAAAACGCUCUGUAACUCAUGCAUAAGAUGUGUGUCAUAUCACUUGUAAUGAUAAUGAUGUGCGUAGAGAACAUUUGUAUUUGUAAAGGUGCAAUCUGCAACUAAAUGAAACAAAUAAACGGAAUCACCACAGAAUAGUGUUCGUGUCUGGGGGCUUAUAGAAAGCUUAUGUUUAUGUAUUCGAGAGCUGUUUUAGGCUUCUCAACUUGUAUGUCACCCAAGAUUGUGUGUUUAUGUCUGUGUAAUCAAAAUUAUUAUUUUUGUGUAAUGCAGCCCACAAAUUGUGUUACUAAAUCCAUGAUAAUGUCUUGACUUUUAAUGAUCUGUUCUAGACAAAAAAGAAAUGACCAGAACUGUUGGUUGGAGAUGCAUGUGGUUUUGAUUUUGAUGAAUUAAAAACAUAUUUUAUUA